CUCCACUUUCUUUGGGGAAGAAUAGAGUUCUACUCCUUUAACACUUGUGUUGAGAGCAAGAAAAGUGUCUCUUACCUUCUUCCAUGAUUUUCUAGACCAAAAAGGAAGACUUGUUUUGGAGUUGAGUGCUUUGAGGCUUUUCAUGUGAAAAGGUUCUGUUUUUCUAAUUUGGCUGUAGAAUUUCUGGGGUUUUCUUGGGACUGACGAUUUUACCAGAAAUUUAAUUCUUGGUGUUGGUGGAAGUGAAAGGGUUUAGGGUUUAUCUAUUUUUGCCCCAAAAUUGUUAAAGAUAUGAAGUUGGAAAAGGAUGUUAAAAGGGAGAGGGUGAUGGAUGGUGGCAUUAGUUCAGUGAGGAAAGUUCGAAUCAUCUAUGAUGAUCCUGAUGCUACGGACUCUGAGAGCGAUGAUGAUCGUUUUGAUAAAAAUGUCAGUAGAAUCAAGCGUGUUGUUAAGGAAAUUGUUAUUCCUGUUGUUUCAUGGGAGAAGGAGUUUAAAAAAUGUUGUAAACUUGAUGACAUUGGGAUUAAAGAUUCCAAGAAGAUUCAUGAAAAUAAGAAGGUGCAGCUAAAAUCGUCCGCUUUGCCUAAAGGAGUUAGGAUGAGGAAAUGGGGGAAAUAUGCAGCGGAGAUCAGAGAUCCCUCGCAGGGGAAAAGAAUAUGGUUAGGGACUUUUGAGACUGUGGAGGCGGCUUCACAAGCAUACGAGGCAAAGAGGGCUGAAUUUGAUAGAAUAAUUUCGUUGGGAAAGGGUAAGAAUUUGAGCUCUGCUCCUCCUGCUGAGUGUUCAUCUCAUCCGAUAAAUGGGAAAAAUCAUGUGUACUCACACCCAUCCCCGUCUUCGGUGCUAGAUGUUCCCACAUCAUCAGCUGCUGCCCCGCUUGAGUCCAAUGACAAUCCAACGAGAGAUAUGGCUCAAAUGCCAGAUUCAGGUUUUAACUUGAGUUUUGAGGAUCAAAUGCUUCAUGAAUUUAUUAACCAGGGAAGACAGGGCAUUUCAGAAUUGAUGGAACAUCCUUUGAUAGAACAAGGCUCCAUUAGCAAUAGCCUUGUGGAGAUGACUCAAGUGAAUAUCAAGAAGAAAACGAUAACCAGACCACCAACCAUACCAAGUUGUAAAAAAUUAACAAAGGGGAUUGAGGACCACCGCAAUGACAAGUCCAUUUUCAGUGUAUUAGAUAAGCCUCCAAUCAUGUCUCCUUGUAUUCGUACAGAGCUGCUUAACUUGAACAUCGAGGAAACAGCAGUUAUGGGGAAUAACUUGAAACUUCUAGGCUUUGAUGACAAUGCUUUAUUUGAUAAAGAUUUAGCACAAACGUUUGAUCCAUAUACAGAUGCUAUAGCCUUGGACAGCACUUUUCAAUGCUGUGAUGGUUGGAAUGAGUGUGUUUAUUGCAAAGUUUUCACAGAUGAAGUUGACCUAGAUGAAGUUGACCUAAGAUGGUUAGAAAAUGUUUUGUUAUAAGAUCAAAUCAGCAAGUUGAAGAAGAGUGUUGUAAAGUCGAAAAUGUGGGCAAUGAAGGGGGUGGUUCUUGGGAUUUUUCUCCUUUGCUCAAAAGAUGUUCCCAAUGAGCGGGAAGAGGAAAUUCUAUUCAUGUUGUUAGCUAUUGCUAAUUAUCAAUAUAUUUGAGCAAUUGUGUAAUGCUUAGAUAUGUUACAUUAUGCACAUAUUUUCUUGAUUUCAUGUGGAGAAUCUGAAAGGUGAAAGGUAGAGCCCCUUCUUUUGCUUUUUCUUUUAUCUUUCAUUAGGGACUCACCUUUUCAUGUUUUCCAGAAAAGAAAAAUAAAAUCGACCCGAAUAUGUAUUUUUGUA